UGCUUCGUUGAAAUGGGUGACAAUCCAGAGCCUAAGAGGAGGAGGACCUGUUCAGUUGAGAAAAAUGGUGAAAGGCAAAGGGAUGUCUUUGACGGUUGAGAUGUGUGGCUGUACCUGGGAUGCCUGGGCUGCUUGGCGAACCUCAGUGGAGGCUGGGGCUGACGAUAACCUGGACGUUUGUAAAAUGAACUUUUGUACAGUGAUGCUGUUGCAAUGCAGGGUGUGUACUUCCAUGGCGUCCGUAGGAAGAAGAGCAUAUUUUCUCACAGUCUUGCUAGUUCUAGUACAAAAACGCCGGAAUCCAGAAAGGGAAAAAAUGACUUGAAGGACAAAGGUUAGACCUCCUCACCUGGAGGUGAGAGGAACUAGGCUUCUGUGUUUACAUCAUCAGCUAGAGUCCCCAACAUGUAUGUUAUGUGUGAAUAUGCCAUGUUUCUCAUCAGUAAUGGGAGAGAUGCCCUCAGUCUUGGAUUUCUUAUCUGAGAACAUACUGGUUUGCACUGCUCCAAUGAGUUUGCAUCUAGAUUUUUAAGGUGACACUGUAGGAGAGGUCCCCGUCCCAAUUAAUUUUCCUCUUUAAGUGUUUGCAGUCAGCAGGGGGAGCAGUACCAGUUGAGAAGUCUGAAAAUGGCCCAGACUAGUUUGAUUCUAAGGUGGGCCAGAGGCUGUGAGUGCCAUUUUUUGAGCACUUACUUUGAGACGGGCACUUACUUUGAGACGGGCACUUUGCCAGGUAGCUCACGCCUUGCUGGUUGGCUUUCAGUCAACAGUGUUGUGAGGUAGGUGUCGCUGCUGUGUUACAGAUAUGGAAACUGAGGUGCAGAGAAGUUACAUACCUGCAUGGUAAAUAGAGUGGUUUGAACCCGUGUCUAGGUGGUGGCAGAGGCCAGUUGCCUCUCUGUCCCUCAUGUAAUGGUUCACUGGGCAGCUCAGCAUAGCACUUGGCCUGAGGAAGGUCAUCUUCCCCUGGCUUCUGCCCACAUGCCAUGCUGGAGGCAGGAGGGACUUCACACGGAAGGAAAGCAUACUUAUUUCUCUGGGCAGAUGGCUGAACUCCGUGACCCCCGGAGCCUGUUUCAGCCUCAUGCUGUUAGAAAGCAGCUGUUUGGAAAGAGGCUCCGAUUCAUCCUUAUUUGAGGGCUGAUAUUCUGAAUGGGUGAGGCUUGGAAUCCUCCCCUUGGAAAAAAGCAUCAUGCAACAAUUUUGUUAAAGUAUGACACCGUUCCUAUUCAGUCCAGCGUGGUGUUAUGUGCCUGCCCAUCCCCAUCCAUGGUGAGGACCCAGACAGAGUCCGGCCCGGCCCCCGGCAUCCCCAGCGGUGGCAGCAGGCAGGGCUCCACCAUGGACAGCACCACGGCCGAGGCCCGUCCGAGCACCAACUCCCGGCAGCACACCACACAGCCUCCACCACAGCCUCGGAAGAAACGGCCUGAAGACUUCAAAUUUGGGAAAAUUCUUGGUGAAGGCUCUUUCUCAACAGUUGUCCUGGCCCGAGAACUGGCAACCUCAAGGGAAUAUGCUAUUAAAAUUCUAGAGAAACGUCACAUUAUCAAAGAGAACAAGGUCCCAUAUGUAACCAGAGAAAGAGACGUGAUGUCGCGCCUGGAUCACCCCUUCUUUGUUAAACUUUACUUCACGUUUCAGGAUGAUGAAAAGCUGUAUUUUGGCCUUAGCUAUGCCAAAAAUGGAGAACUGCUUAAAUACAUUCGCAAAAUUGGCUCAUUUGAUGAGACUUGCACCCGCUUUUACACGGCUGAGAUGGUGUCUGCACUGGAGUACCUGCACGGCAAGGGCAUCAUUCACAGGGACCUCAAACCAGAAAACAUUUUGUUAAACGAAGACAUGCACAUCCAGAUCACAGAUUUUGGAACAGCAAAAGUACUGUCCCCAGAGAGCAAACAAGCCAGGGCCAACUCGUUUGUAGGAACAGCCCAGUAUGUUUCUCCAGAGCUGCUCACAGAGAAAUCGGCCUGUAAAAGUUCAGACCUCUGGGCCCUUGGAUGCAUAGUCUACCAGCUUGUGGCAGGCCUGCCGCCGUUCCGAGCCGGGAAUGAAUAUCUUAUAUUUCAGAAGAUUAUUAAGCUGGAAUAUGACUUCCCUGAAAAAUUCUUCCCUAAGGCAAGAGACCUUGUGGAAAAACUUCUGGUUUUAGAUGCCACAAAACGUUUGGGCUGUGAAGAAAUGGAAGGGUAUGCCCCUCUGAAGGCCCACCCAUUCUUCGAGUCCAUCACAUGGGAGGACCUGCGCCAUCAGACGCCGCCCAAGCUCACCGCCUACUUACCAGCCAUGUCGGAAGAUGACGAAGACUGCUAUGGAAAUUAUGACAAUCUCCUGAGCCAGUUUGGCUGCAUGCAGGUGUCGUCCUCAUCGUCCUCGCACUCCCUGUCUGCCACGGACGCGGGGCCGCCCCAGAGGGCAGGCAGCAACAUCGAGCAGUACAUCCACGACCUGGACACUAAUUCUUUUGAACUGGACUUACAGUUUUCUGAGGAUGAGAAGAGGUUAUUAUUGGAGAAGCAGGCCAAUGGAAACCCCUGGCACCAGUUUGUAGAAAAUAAUUUAAUACUAAAAAUGGGUCCAGUAGAUAAGCGAAAGGGUUUAUUUGCUCGACGCCGACAGUUACUGCUGACAGAAGGGCCGCAUUUAUAUUAUGUGGAUCCUGUCAACAAAGUCCUGAAAGGUGAAAUCCCAUGGUCUCAAGAACUCCGACCAGAGGCUAAGAAUUUUAAAACCUUCUUUGUCCACACGCCAAACAGGACGUAUUACCUGAUGGACCCGAGCGGGAAUGCUCACAAGUGGUGCAAAAAGAUCCAGGAAGUGUGGAGGCACAGAUACCAGAGCCCCCCGGGGGCUGCCGUGCAGUGACACACCGUGGCCACUGUACUAGCUGCCAGGACACGUGCCCCAGUGUGGCUCGUGGCCACCGGGACGCUUCCAGACCACCUGCCAUCCAUCUCAAGGGGGAUGCAGACGGCGGAACCUUGCAGCUUUUUUAUUUAAAGAAAAGAAGAAAAAAACACCCAACCACACAAAGAACAAAACCGAUAACGAAAAGGAAUUCAGGGUCGCUUUGCUUGCUCUCUGUGCUCUUUGAAGGUGUUGCCACGCCCUCCUUGCCAUGGGACCCAGUGCUGUGCACGGCCACCUCACUCCCACCUGGCCUAGUGGACAGACUGCAUCACCAGCUCUCCACCGUGCAACCUAGUCGCCUGUGGUCCUGUUGGGGCCAAGGGCUUGGGUCAUGUCUCUGGGCUUUUUCUGCCCUGAGGUGAUCAUGGAAUUCUUCACCAGAGCUGUGCAGAACUCUGGUCAGGCGUGGCCUCCUGUCUCCACAGGGUGGGAAGGUAUGGGCUUUUGUCCAUGUGCUCCUUUUCUUUGUCCCUAGUUUACGGCCUGCCCCCUGAGCUCUUGAGGGCCCCCUGCUUGCCACCUCGUUAGGUUUCUGUGUUCCUAGCUGUGUGUCUGCCAGGCGGGCUCCAGGUGGUAAGGAGUAGGGCAGACUGUCGGGGAAGUACCGAGCCUCUGAAGUCGAAGGGUACCAGCACAGCACUGGGUUUACCACCCCUCUGAGCAGUGCUGCCCUCCAGGGCCAGAAACCAAGCCCAAGCCUGGGGGAGCACUGUCCAGGUGGGGCCCAGCUGGCUCCCCGGUGCAGCAGGGCUGACUGGGCCUGGUGGCCUCCACAUGAAGGAGUGAGCUCUUAGGCUCCCUCCUGGAGCGUGUGUGACCCAUGGCACAUGCAGGCCUCCCCAGUUGGUGACGGAGGGACUGAGAGCCUCCUGGUGGCACUGUUGGCAGGGGGCAGUACACAAACGCAGGUGGCACCGUGCCCUUCCGUGGUUUACUGGGAUGCCCUCAUGGCCUCAUUCAGUAUCUUUACAACUCUCCAGUGAAAAUCUAAGAGGCUGCUCCCGCUGCCAGGUCAUGUGGUCCCCACUGAGCGGCCUUUUCCUGGAAAAAACUACUCCCCUUGCCUGAGGUGCACCAGCACCAUGCUUCCCCCAGCUUCAGGCCUCCUUUGGUCUAGCAGCGUUGCUGUCCACACAGGUGGCCCAGGCCACGCCCAGCCUCUGCUUUUCUUUGCUGCUCUCCUGUAGGCCUGCCAAGGUCCUGCCUGUCCUUACCCUACAAGGUUGUCCCAGGUGGAAGAGGAGCGGGCUGCUCACAGGCAGGUCUCUGUCCCUGUUUCCUUUAGACUUUCACCAAGACACCAGCAAUGGGCUCCCACCGAGACUUCCCCUGGCUAACUACUCCCUGCCCCCUCCUACCUGGAAUGAGCCACUGUCACCUUGUGUGACCAGUGAUCCAAAUUAAGAGGAAGGAUGUCUUUGUCCAAUUGUUUUAGUGAUAAGAGUGGCUCUCAAACUGGAAAAGAACAUGUGUGUGUGGGGGAGUCACCCUGCUUGGCAGCAGCAGGUUUGAAUGGGAGCAGAGGUGGUGGGCCGUGGCCAGGUUCACUGCUGGUUCCGCGGCUCUGAGAGCAGCACGAGAGCAGGUGUGCGUGUGUGUGUGCGUCUGUGUCGCGGUGCUGCGGUGUCGGUGUGCCCGCCCUCAGGGCACCUCGGAGCAGAGCGCUGUCCUGGGCUUGUGGCCACGUGUCAAGCUCCCUCUUCCCUGUGUGCUAUUGAAAGAUGUGCCUGCGCUCAUCUGCUUUUCUAAAAGGGUGGCCCACAGAGCCCUUUUUCAGGAUCCCGUUAUGGGCUUGCCUCCACAGGUGUGUGUCUCCCCUACGCCACCCCCCGGCAUCCAGCAGCACCCUGAGUGUCUCUAACGAGAAACAAGUGCAGAAACAAGUGCAGCACCCAGCAGGGCUGCUCGGGGGAAAGAAUCUUCCGUUGCAUUCUUCCCUCUGGAUAGAUGGCGCCGCUACCUCCUGGGCUUAACCGUCAAGCUCCAUCUUAACCUCUGAAACCAGAGAAUAAGGGGUUCACGGCUGAGCUAAGAUGAGCUGGCAGAGCUAAAGUGCUACCUGGCCUGAGCCUGUGACCGUGGAGUCCUUAGGCCACCUUCUCAGCUCACUCAGUGUCCUCUUUCCCCAUUUUUUUUAGGCCCACACAUAUUCUUACCUGUACUUACCCAUGUUGACUUUAGUUUUAUCCUGCUCAUCCUUAGAGCCCUCGUCCAGGCCUGCAGGUGCCUUGACAUUCUGGGAUGGGGAUGUGGGUGUUGGUCUGUGUACCUACAUAGAAAUGUAAGUGUGGAUUUGUCCUGAAGGAAAGUGCCCUGUGGUCUGCUAGAUCCAGGAGCCGGUGUUUUAUGGAGGGAGAGCAAGGGCAGGCAUAAGUACCACAUCAAGAUCAGUGUGGCGAGGACAGCCAAAGGCCCCGUGGCCCCCCAGGUCAGAGGGCCCCCUGGGACGGGAAGGAGCUGGGUUUGGGUGGGGUUGUUUCCUUCCCUCUUUCUGUGGACCAGAGCAGGAAGUCAGUGUUUGGCGGGCAGUGGACAUCCCUGUGUGGAGCACAAAGCCCACCCCCCAAGUGGCCCUACAGCGUGCUGGCAUUCUUAACCUCGACUCUCAGGAGGCUUGUUGCUGACUUGCUUUGGGAAAGGUGGCUCUUGUGGUCAUGCCGAAGCUGGUGGGACCCACGCCUGCUCCAGCCUUUGGGCCACUCUGGUUUGGCGGCCCAGACCUGAAGGAAUUGCAGGAGAUGGCCUCAGGGCAGGGUGUCAGCACAGGGGGUUCCAGGUGAUCUGUGACUUCUUAAAACAGUUGUUUUCUGAAGAUCCACUGUAGGCUCGCUGCCCAGAGGAGACCACUUGUGGCCAUUUUGGUGUGUGGCCUAUGUCCUCCCAUGCUCACGUUAGUUUGCUUUUUUGAUUAUACUGGGAACACACACAUACACUAUUUUGCAUCCAGCCCUUUUCACUUUAUAAUUUAAGCAUUUCCCCAUGUCUUGAACAGUGAUUCAAAAGCAUUGUUUUUAUGAUUGUAGAAUUUAAUGGUUAUAGAUUCCAUCAUAAUUUGACAAUUUCCCUGUUGCAUAACGUUUAGAUGGUUUCUGAUUUUUCACUAUUUAAAUAAUGCUGUUAGGAAUGGCCUUAUAAAUCUGGUUUUUGAUUGAUUUCCUGCCCUACCCCCCCCCAACACCCAAUUCCUGGAAGUGGUAUUUUUGAGUCACAGAGUUCAUUUUAGACGAGAUCAGGCACGUUCUGGGUGGUAUGGCCGUAGACACAGAGUUCAUUUUAAAGGUGGUAUCGGGUCCCUCUUCCUGUCUUGAUCUGAUGCUUAAAUGCUCAGAGUUCUGAGAACAGAACCUCCCUAGUCGUGUCCUACAGAUUCUGAACAAAUCAAUUUCUGGUGAGCUGUGUGUUCCAAAGAGUGUUUGAAUAAGACCGCUUUUUUUUAAAUGCUAAAAUGACGUCAUUACUGCAGUCCGUUUUUCAGAUAUUUUAACAAAAGCCAAUUUCCUUAUUUUCAUUGAAUGAACCUGGUUAUGUUUGCAUGUUAGUUACCUUCCCAUCCCUGCUGCUAUGGCUUUCAAGUGCUUGGUGAUAUUUUCAGAAUCUUGUACUUUGUGUCCACAAUGGUACUGAAUUUGCAUCUGUGCAGUCAGCAGAGAUAAAAAGUGUUGAACUGACCUUGCCACAUGCUUAGUGGAUGAUUUAUAAUUAAGCUUAUAGACUCAGAAAGUACACUGAGCCAUUUGGAAUCAGUGAAAGAGCAAAGGCUCUACUUGAGAAAGAAACCACAUAGACAAUUGGGUUUUACAGAAUUGUAUUUGUAUUUAUCUCCACGCUCUUCAAAUGGAGGGACUCGGUCCACGGACCUCAGUGGUUCAGUAGAGCACGACAGCCAGGCUUUUUCAUUGUAGAAUGCACUGUCCUGGCUGGUAGAGAUUUGAGGAAGUCUCCCCUCUCCUUGCCCAGUGUUGCAGGUUGCCUGCUUGUCUUCAAGUUGAGACCAUCCAAAUUUAGUUUCAUUCUUAAUUUUUCCACUUCACUUUGAUGUUUGUUCAUUCUGAGGGGCACUGUGCAUGACAGAUUUUUCUAGGUGUCAUCAUGCUCAAUGCCACUUUGACAGAGAUUACAGCUGAAUUGUGCAGAAUUAGGUCUCCUGCCCUGCUCUGACCCCCGAGCCCCCUCUCUCCUGGCAGGCCUACAGAUGGAGGGCACUCACUGCCCAGUUGCAGAGGCCGCAGCUGCUCUGAGCACGGGGAAGGUAGUAUUCUUGGAGAUGUUGCCAUACACGUUUUUCCAUAUUGUUUCUUUUCAUGUCCAAACCUAACAUGAACUGAUGAUGACUCAAAUGGGUGUGGCCCUUGUCUCUUAGGCAGCCUGCAUGGCAAGUGCCUUAGUUAAAUCAGGGCAGGAGUCACUCCCAGAAGCCUCUGAGGGGUGCAGGCUGCUGGCCCAAGGUUGCAGGGUUAUAAAUCAGCCUGCCUGAGGAGAUCUGGUCUGAAGAGGAGGCUGUUCCAGCAAAGAGCAGUUUUCCCUGUAGCUCAGACAGCUGUGGUGGGCAACUGGAUGAACCCAUGUAUAUACCUGAAUUUUCCCCAUAACUCAUUUCUUCAAUAUGAAGAAGCACCAAACUUAAUGUACAGGAACCUUUUUACAAAAGGCAAACCUUUUUUAGCUGUGUGAUCCACUGUAACCCAUCUGGCUGAAUGACUAUGAAUAGGGGUCAUUUAGCUGUUGAAAAGCCCCUAUCACGAUCUUAUUUGUUUGGAGGUUGACAAAAUUAAAGUUUGCAAUAUUUAGAGCUGCUGUAGCUGUUCCUUAACAACAUGAAAUAGGAUGAAUCAACAGUGUGUUAGCUGUCUUUCAGGUUGGUGGCAGUCAGAACGUGUAAUCUCUACCUGGUCUGUAGCUGUAACUGUGAUGUACAGGCAAAACAAAAAUUAAAAAACUUAUGAAAACAAAUAAUGCAAUGAUAAUAGGAUAUACACUUUUGUAUUUUUAUUCUUAUAUAAGGUUAUUGUUGGCCUCUAGUUCAGUCUGUGUUAUUUAAAAUCUAAUAUAUGAAUUAUUUGGAUUGAAUUCAUGCUCGGGGCCACACUGUUGUAUGUAUUGAUGUACAGCCUUGAAUGUGAAUAAUUAUUGUAAACUAUAUUUUACAACUUUUUUUCUGGCUUUAUUAUAUAAAUUUUCUAUUUGGUCGAUGAUUUAAUCAUAUAAUUUAAUGAAUCUUCUUUUUUUCAAAUAUUUGUGCUUUAGAUGUAGUUACCAGAUGAUGAAUUUUCCACGUUAUGCUCGGUUAGUCUUGUAAUAAAAAAAGCAUGUAGAGUGUA